GAUCUUCCUUUGGUGCUUGCUUGGCCUCGAAGUCUUUCAGGCGCUUCCAUUAAAUCCCCAUGCACUGAAGCCUCCUGAUCGAAUCUUUUCCUCUCUAUAUAUUAAUACCUUCGCUUUCAAGUCGUCAACAAAAACAAAACCAACUUGUCAGUGAUCAUCAAAGUAGCUAACAAUGGCAGCCUCCAAAAUGAGCUUGAAGCUUCUUAUUGAUUCAAAACACAGCAGAGUCGUCUUUGCUGAAGCAGGGAAAGACUUCGUAGAUUUCCUCCUUAGCCUGCUUGCUUUGCCUCUGGGUACCGUCAUUCGGCUCCUCACAAACUCAACCAUGAUUGGCUGCAUAGCAAAUCUUUACAAUAGCCUUGAAAAGCUGGAUGAAUCGUACAUGCAGCCUAACCAGAACAAGGAUUCCAUUUUGAACCCACCUAUAACAACCCAGGUCACCAAUCCAAAUUUCUUGCUUCCUGACACUAAACAGCCUGAAGACCGGAAGUUAUACUAUUGCUCAAACCAUCCAGGGUACGUGUCAGAUAUUCACAACUCUGUUUGUAGUCAUUGCAGCUCACACUAUGGUACUAGUUAUAUGAAUCAAGAAGUAAAGUUCGUGCGUACGAAUGUCUCCGCCUCCACAGAUACACCAGCUAGUGAUCAGGCCGGAGGUUACGUGAAGGGCCUGGUCACUUACAUGGUGACCGGUGAUUUGUCAGUGUCUCCAAUGUCAAUGGUGUCCGUUGUUGGUCUGCUAAACAAGAUCGAAAUCAAGGAUUUUAGUGUGCUUGAGGAGAGGGUUGUUGACUUUGGGAUCGAUGAGGGUCUUGAAUUGUUGAAAGCUUCUUUUUUGUCAAAGGAUGCUCUCACUGCUGUUUUCCUUCCAAAGCUGCAUUAAGGACUGGGAUGGUGCGCUAGUAUCAAAUUAGACAAAAAGGAGUUGAUGUGCGAUCUUCAGUUUUUAAAUUUACUAUGUUUUCUUUUUUUUUACACUGCUAAUUGUUUUGAUCUUUAUGUUUUUCCACAAA